ACUAUAUAGGCUCUUUCUCGGGUGCUUAACGAAAUGUGUCCACGGAGUCGAGGAAAAUUGAGUGCUCCCCGUAUCUUCUUCGCUGUCUCUGUCGAAACAUGAGGCUUUCACUAUGCUUAGUUCUUGUGUCCUUCAUCUACGCAUCGCAAGGUCAAUUGACUCAAAACACCGUGGAAAGUCUAGACAAGGUGAUCGACGUGGUCCUCGAUCUCGUGAGGGUCGAUAGCGGUCUCAACAAGCUGUUCAGCUCCAUCAGAGUUCCCUUGAAUCUCACCGAAGAUGGGAUACGUUUCCAUGAUUUGACGCUCAGCAACGUUCUAAGCUUAUAUCGUGGCGGUGAGUCGUUCAUCGAUCUUCAGUCAGACCAACUGAUCACCAACACAACCUUCGAAGCACGAAACCUGACAGUCGAUCUCCAGUGGACUGCUAAGAAGUGGUUCGUGACCUUGGUCGGCACUGCGCAGUUGAAAUUGGAAGCGAUUUCCGUCAAUACGGCAAUAGGUGUAGAAGGCCUCCGCGUCAGCCUGAUAGAUGCAUGUGUCCCGGAAUUCGACUCUAUCGAAGUGAUUAAGGUCACCGGAACGUCCUCGGUUUUCAAUAAUAUAGUCAGGGAUGUGGUCCAAAAAAUCGUCAACACGGAGUCGACGAAGAAUAUGAUAAGCGAACAAGUCGUAGACACAAUCCGAAAACUAUUCAACCAGAUUUUCAAAUAAAG